AAUCUGCCAAGUGCUACAGGGGAACCGACACAGCUGCAGCUGCGCUAAGAAUCAGAAACAAUUGUAAUGGUCAAGGCCAGGCUGACACACUAACCAAUUGUCUCUCCAAGAGACUGUGCAAACGGCAAUCAAUUGAUAUCUAAAGAGGUAAUGCAAGGACUCGGCAGCCACCUACACAAAGUCUUUGUUUGCAAAAUUACGGCACUGAUUUACAUGCACAAGCACACGAAACACUUCUGUCUAGAGGCCGAGAGAGCGCAAACAGCUUUUAAUCCGAAAAAGAGCAUGCACUAAAAAAUACAUAAUCUACUCGACGUGUUACCGAUACAAAGUCAGCUAGUAAAGGCCACUUCUCUUUGCAGGAUCCCAUACAGAGUCCCCCACCGGAAAAUCAGCCCUUGAUAGUGGACUGCUAGCCUCUGUCAAGCUUCUUUCGCUCGAAAGAAGCUAGCUGCUCAGCGAGGCUUCGAUUUCAGGCUCCCACACUGAAAGAUAGCUUUGAGCGAAUCCACAGGGCGUCAUGUUCCAGAAGGGAGAGAAAAUAGAGAAAAGUCAGCGCUCUGCACACCGUGCGGCCCUUGUCAAACCCCCCGCCGCGAUAUGCAUGCUAGGUGAUCAAGGCAUGCCCUUUACAGCGAAGAGGCACAAUCAGCAAUUUGCAAUCCCUGCAGCAAUCUUGCACACCGUCAUCCCAUCAUCUGUCCCCCACGAACCCCGUUGCAUCCCUCCUGAUCCCAACAGAAAGACACACUACGCAAUUCAGCAAAGAAGAUCUCUGUAGAAAGAGCGUCCAACAUCAGCAUUUCACCCAAUUAUGACAAGAUGGGCGGUCUCACAAAUCGAUGAAAUGGGUCGCCUCUCAUCUGGAGGGCAUAGCCUGCGCCAUUCAGCGCCACUCAUCCUUGUCUCGGUCUUGCUUUCCUCCAAUUCUCGCAACCCAAUCAUCUCAAUCCUCUUUGCAAAAGCAAGGUGACUGUGAGUAAGAGCUCUUCUUCACUCUCCCUGACGAAGAGCCCCUCAGGGGCUUCAAAAUUAGCUGAUUAGGAGUCCCCUGAGCCCCUCAAGAUUGUAGCGUCAGCAUUUCCAGUGAGAGCCAUCCCAGUAUUGGCCGCCGGUUUGCAUGUGCAUGUUUGGCACAGCGGCUCAUUUGGCGGCGACAGUGGCUGCCGCGGCUGGGGCUGCAGC